UUAUUCGUGGCUCUUGUAGAAAAAGGCUUUUGAAGGAAACUCGGCGCAAAACGAGAGUUUUAAUAGUAUUAACCAAAAUGAAGACUAAAAUGCUACUCGUCCUGGGGUUUUCCUCUGUUGUCCUCUGUUUAGCCGAAAGCAAGAUGUUUGAGGAUGAAAACUUGGCUGCUGCAAAUUACUUGAUUGAUCUUGUCACGAAAGCAGAUAGGGCAGUAAAGCGUGGCAUCCCUUGUAAAUGCAGUGAUAGAUCUGAUGUUCUGGAUGGAGAACAGUCCUAUAUUGGUGGAGACUGUGGUAAAGGAUGGAAAAAAUGCAAAAUUGUCAAUGCACUUUCCAACUGUUGUCAAAGAGAAUAAAAUCAAUUAAAAGAAAUAAAAUAUAGCUCAUCAUGAUCAGGUUUCAGCUUACACCAAGGAUUGAUGCUGACUCCUGUGUUGAUAUUUAUGAUAUUAAUAAUAAUUAAAUUGUUAUAUACCUGAA